ACCUCAGAGCUCACAGACACAGCAGCCUGCAAGUCUCAUCUGACUGCAAAUAAACGAGUCAUGUUAAAUGACUAAACUUUCUACACUGACGAGGAAUAAUUUCUGACAAAAAAAAAAAGACAAAGAUUAUGAGGAUCAUUUUUUUUUGUGACCAAUCCAUCAUCUCCAUGCGAUGCCUCACUUUUACGCAACAGGUCCUGAGAGAUAAAUUUAAGAUUUUAAGAAUUUAAGAAGCAUGCUGUCCACGUUUUGGCCCUUUAUUGGCAGCAGGAGAUCAACUCAUGGGAUGUAGCGGAUGCAGAGUCAGGUUUGGCAAGGUGCUCUCCAAGGUGUCUGUGUUUUUUACCAUGGUCCUGAUCUUCACCUACUUCUUCUACUGCCUCACCGGACUCUGUGACUCGGCUCCGAGGACUUUAUACAGCCAGAGAGCUUCAGAUUAUGACUUUCUGGACAAUCACCGACGCGUUUUGGGCGAGCUGCGACCGUCGCCGCGUCUCCUCCUUCAUCCAGACGCGCAAACGUCUCCAAACGCGGACGCAGAGCAGGUGGAGGUGGAGGUGGAGGCAGAACAGCUGCAGCUUCAACAACAGGUGUUGGACAGGAGAGCAAAGGAGAGCAACAACAACGGCAUUCCAGUGGCCAACAGUUUUGGCACCAAAAGGUUUCCGCAGGUGAUUAUAAUCGGAGUGAAGAAAGGAGGAACCCGCGCUCUGCUGGAGUUUCUGCGCAUCCAUCCGGACGUGAGGGCGGUCGGUGCGGAGCCGCACUUCUUCGACCGGUUCUACGACAGAGGAGCGGAGUGGUACAGGAGCCUGAUGCCUCGGACGCUGGACGGCCAGAUCACCAUGGAGAAAACCCCCAGCUACUUCGUCACAAAGGAGGCUCCUAGCCGCGUCUGCACUAUGAACUGCCAAACCAAGCUCAUUGUGGUGGUCAGGGAUCCCGUGACGCGGGCCGUAUCUGACUACACCCAAACACUGUCCAAGAACCCAGGCCUUCCAUCCUUCCAGAGCCUGGCUUUAAAAAACUCCACCACAGGUCUGAUUGACACCACGUGGAGCGCCGUGCGCAUCGGCCUCUACGCCAAACAUCUGGAGAACUGGCUUCAGCACUUCCCCUUGUCUCACUUUCUGUUUGUCAGCGGUGAGCGCCUGGUGUCCGAUCCGGCCGGGGAGAUGGGCCGUGUUCAGGACUUUCUGGGUCUGAAAAGGGUCGUUUCAGACAAACACUUCUACUUCAACCAGACCAAAGGUUUUCCCUGUUUGAAGAAGCUCCGAGGGAGCAGCAGACCUCGCUGCCUCGGAAAGUCCAAGGGCAGACCCCAUCCCCAGAUCCCCUCUGAGGUCCUGCAGAGGCUCAGAGACUUCUACAGGCCCUUCAACCACCGUUUCUACCAGAUGACUGGACAAGACUUUGGCUGGGAUAAUAGAGGAGAUAAAAUCCAGUCUGACAGUUUAAUGCUCCACAGGACUAACGCUCUCAGGGACGGGGAGAGAGGAAUACAAGUCCACAAGCUGAAUCCUGCCUCAGUGGACUCAACAUGACAUGCAGCACAUGAACUGUCACUGUUUUGUCGGAGAAAUGCCGACAUGUGCUGCCAAUAUGCAAGUUACACACAUAGUUAAUGGCUUAGUUAUUAAACCAUUAAACCCUUUUCUUGCCCGUAUAAUGUUAUACCGAAGUUAGAAGCAAAGUGCGUACCAAAGGGAAAGGAAAAAACUUUGCCUUUGAAUAUCAUUUUGUCUAUAAAAUAAGCUGAUAUUUAUAGUUUCUGUUGAUUUGAAAUGCGACAGUUACAGAUUUCUUUUAUGAAAGAAAUGUAUUUAUUACACGACAAGGCAAGACAUAAAACUGAAUAUGUUUUCAUUGACAGGACAUUGGGAAAAAAAUGUCAUACUCCAUGAUAAACCACUAUGUCUUUUUAAUUAUUAGCAGUGUUACUUUGACUGCAUUUAUAUUUUCAUUACAUUUACUGUUUCCAAAUGUCCUUUGAAAAGCUACAUAUCUUAGUCUGAUGUUGCAGGGUAUUUCUCUGCACGUUGCAGUUGAUAUACCAAUGAUACCUCAUGUGUAAAUAUUAAAUGUGAUCAGAAACCACACAUACACACGUUCUAUGGCAGUUGUAGAUAUUUCUCCCCACACAUAUUUUAAUUGCCUUGGACAGCACCGACUGUAUCGGCUGUUACUCACUGUUUUGAUCUGUGAUUAUUUUGAACCAUCUAAAACUCCAUAUGUAAAGUACACAAAUCACAGUGGUGUGUAUAAAACCUAAAUUCUGACCUGUGUUGUGAAGUAAAGUUUUAUCUGACAUGACA